CGCAGUAUGUUUCAACGCCAAGAUUUGUUUAAAUAUAUACGCCGCAAUAUGUAUUGUGCUCAAAUGUAUCGCAUACAUUUGGAACGCCAUUUGCCGCACUCUCUUUCGUAUCUGGGCACCAUCUUGGAAUUACUAUUCGAAAUAUUUCUCUAUUUUGUCGGCAUUCACAUUGCGGUCUUGUAUAUUUGCACAAUUUUUCUGAAUUAUCACACGGGUGACUUGGAAUUAUUGGUCAAUUGUUUAAUGCAAACAGUUAUUUAUUUAUGGACCAUUGUCAUGAAAUUAUACUUUCGUCGCAUGCGACCGAAAAAGUUGAAGGAUUUAAUGGAUUUUAUAAAUUUUAAGUGCAAACAACGUUCAGCCAUUGGCUUCACUUACGUCACCAUGGACGAUACUUUAGCCAUGUCAAACAAGUGGAUUAAACUAUAUCUGUACUCUUGUUAUUUGUGCGCCAUAUGCUGGUUAAUUUUACCCAUCACAUACGGAGAUCGUAGUCUGCCUUUAACCUGUUGGUAUCCAUUCGAUUAUCAGCAACCAAUCAUUUAUGAAACCAUGUAUUUUCUUCAAUCUGUUGGUCAAAUACAAGUUGCAGCUGCUUUUUCUGCCUCAAGUAGUUUUCAUAUGGCCUUAUGUAUUCUAAUAUCGGGACAAUAUGAUAUUUUAUUUUGUAGUCUCAAGAAUAUUUUAGCAACUAUUGCUAUAAAAAGAAAUCCGACACAAAUGGAUUUAAGAAUGGCCUAUAAACUUCCUGAAUUUGAAGUACAGGAAAUAAAUGAAUAUUAUUGUUCCAAGGAAAUAACAAAUGAUGUUAACACUUUGGUUACAUCGGCCACAUAUAGAGGAGAACCUCGAGAUUUUCACUAUCAUUUUCGUAAUGCAUUUAAAAAUUGCGUUGAUCAUCAUCGUUAUAUAUUGGAAUGUUUAAAGAAAAUGGAUGAUUUCUACAGUCCCAUAUGGUUUUUCAAAACUGGAGAGGUAAUAUUUUUAAUGUGUUUGGUGGCAUUUGUGGCGGUUAAGACUAUUAAUGCUGAUACAUCUUUUAUGAAAAUAUUAUCAUUAGCUAAUUAUUUACUUUUGGUGGCUGUGGAAAUGUUGGUGAUUUGCUAUUUCGGUGAAGUUAUCACUAUUAAUAGUCAACGUUGUGGUGAGGCAGUUAUGAGAAGUUCUUGGUAUAUUCAUAUGCGUGAAAUAAAAACUGAUUUUCUUAUAUUUCUGCUAAAUACAAAUAAACCAUUUAAGUUGUCCGCUGGCAGAAUUUACUUCUUAAAUGUUGAAUGUUUUAAAAGUAUUAUGACGACGGCCUUCUCAUUUUUUACUUUUUUGCAAACAAUAGAUGAACGUAAUAAAUAA